GUAAGAUGGACAGACAAGUGCACCGCGAACGGUCUAAAUGUUGUUAUCAGAAUUGGAUGGCUCAACAAGGUCUAGACCUCGAUGAAUUACUCAAAGCACACGCCCAAAACCCAACCAAUAUCGACUACCUCCAACUCAUAACCAAAAAAGUCAUCACUCACUUUGAAAACUACAACUUGGCUCGAGCCGAAUUAGCCAAACAUGAUUUGCCCGCCUUCUUGGCUCCAACUUGGGGGUCCACGUUUGAGAAUUCGGUUCUUUGGAUUGGUGGUUGUAGGCCUUCCUUGACUAUAAGGCUAGUUUACGCGUUAUUCGGGUCCCAGACUAGUGAUGGGUACUCUGAAAAUGAUCAGUUGCUUAUAGGUGUUGGUCAUGGAAAAGUAUCGAGCUCUCAGCUUAAAAGUAUAGAUGAUCUUCGGGAUAAAGCUAUCAAAGAGGAUGAUAAACUCACUUCGCGUCUGGCUAGCUUACAGGAAGGGAAAUGGAUAACAAAUUUGUUGCUAGGUAAGGAUGACAGUUUACAAGUAGGUGAAUUAAACAAGAUUAUGGAAAAAGCAAUGAAUACUCGUGACCAAGAAUUUUAUAAUGUCAUGAUGGAAGCAGAUAAGUUGAGGUUGAGUAUUCUCAAGGAUGUGAUAGACAUUUUGACACCUUUGCAAGCAGUUGAACUCUUAGUGGCAGCCAAGAAAUUGCACCUUUCUUUACAUGAGUGUAGCAAGAGAAGAGAUAUCAGAAUGGGUUAUACUCAUCUUCUUGAUUCUAACUCUAAUAAUCCAUCGUCGUCUUGCCAGUCACCUGACCCGUGACUGGCUAGAUGAUGGAUUGAUUGAGGUCAUGAAAUUAUGCGUUCUGUUUAAUUUCUUUCAUUAACUACUCACGCCCUACGAUCUUUUCCAGCUUGUGUCAACCGCCGACAUGAUGGUGGUCAGUCGGCGAGUUGGUUUGAAGUUGCUGGGAAGAGAGGUUAAUUAGUCUGAAUAAGUGGUGCUGGAUAUGUAUAAAUGUUUGUUUUGAAUUCCUAUGUUGUUUUUUUUCUAAUAAAUUUAUUUGAACA